GCUGAACUGGUUGCACUGCAUAGUCCAACUCACGGAUGACUCUCCCCAAAUUUACUAGCGGGUCGACUCACUGUCAGACUCAUCGAUAACACCUUUCUUCCUACCACUACUACAUGGCCUCCCACAUCGACUGGGAGACAUGCCGGGCUUGGCUAGAGAUUACUAUUGUAACAUUCUCGGAAGCCCUCAGCUCGCAACGGUCCAACUGCGAGCUUCUACUUCACAAACUAGAGGAGAUAAAGCGACUGACUAGAGACUCGGAACGGUCCUUAGCAUCGGACGGGUUGACCAUUGUAUGGGCUGAAUACCAAUUUCGCCCCCUAAUGGAUCUCUCAGACAGUUGGAUUACACGACUUUCUAAACGUCUGCAAGGAUGGCCGGGGAUCAGUUUACCACGUUCCAAACCGUUGAACCUCUCACCAGAGCGGAAUCACCACAUAGCGGCAGGAUUGCAGGUGGUCCUCGAUAGAUUGAAAGCAUCCAGCUCGUAUGCGCCCAGGGAUGCCGAUGACGUCCUCCAGAUGCAACACAUACUUCAUGCACGUCUGAGACUGCCCCUUCCACUCGUAUGGGCUAUCUUUGACGAGGCCGAAUAUUGGGUCCGCUCUAUCGGGCAUUGCGGAGACUUGAUUAUGCGUGGUAAUGGUGGUGGGUCGGCGGGGGUGACCUGCUGUACGGCGAGAAUCCCAUCAUCAGUGAAGCAGUACAGACCGCUGCGUAGGGUCAUAUUCACAAUAGAAUCACAUCAUCAAGGUUGGCGAACCCCCAACGAUGCCGGCGGUUGCUCCUGGUUCGAAAUUUGCAGCAUUACUGCUCCAAGGCGGGUCGUCAUGCUCAACCCCGUCAGCCGUGACUUCCAAACGCGCCGCGUCCAAUGGGACCUCGCCCUCAAUGAUGGGGACCGUGACGGGACCGGAGUUGACGCUGAACUGCAGCAGUGGAUGCGCCGCUUGACUGGCGGAGAGGAGCUUACCCUGUGGGCCUCUGUGCUGUAUCGAGGAUCCGGGGCGUGCUACGUACGGAGAGUGCAAAUGGAGCUUUACUGCGCCUGCGUCUAGUUGUAACGCCAGAACGAGCUUGUGGGAGGGUGCUUCUGGAAUCGGCGAUAGCUCAUAUAGAACUUCAACGUCUAUGCGACAAUGAGCGUGCCAUAUUCAACUGGUGUGCAUUACGCCAUUGCCAGGGCGAUUGAGACUGUUCCAGUUGCACACACCAAGUACACUGCCUCCGGGAACGUGAGAGGCUGCCGUCGGACUCAUGCC